UUUACUCCGUAUGUCGGAUUUGUGAUAUUCUUGGGAUACGGAUACGAAUAUAGCAUCGGAUAUUGAACGUCCUCGAUUUGGUUAGCAGACUGCAGACCUAGCAGGCUAGCAACCAUUCUAGCUCCGAAUUCGGAGCAGGCGAGGGCGAACUGACCGAGGCGAGGACGAUCACUGUCCAUGUCCAUGGAGGCGGCGGUUGGGGCGGAGUUCGGACCUCAUCUGCAUCCCGCUCUCGGGUUCAGACACAGCCAGCGCCGUGUCUUUUUUUGCUGUUGGCGCCUGCAUCCGCCCCGGCCGGCCUCGCUUGGCCUCUGCGGUGGCGGGGGAGCCCGUCCCCGCGGCGCUAUCCCCGUCGCGGAUGGCGACCAGCGGCGGCGGCUGCGAGAGCUCGAGGCGGAGGCGGAGGCGGAAGCUGGAUCGAUCUUGGGUCCUCCGAGGAGCAGCCCCCGCGAGGUGAGGGAGGAGAUGGCCCGGUGCUUCGACCUCGUCCGCCGCCUCGGUAGGGGCGCCGUCUACCUCGGCUCCUCCAGGGUCCCGCCCACGCACCCGCACUUCCUCCAAACCACCGAGCUCGCCAGAGAGAUAGCUCGGCUGCUCGGCUGCACCACAUGGACGGGAGCCGGCCCUGGGCUCAUGGAUGCUGCCAUCCAAGGCGCCUUUGAGGCAGACAAGCCUGUCGGUGGCUUGAAGAUUGCAAAGGAAGCGGGUGAAUGGACAAGCUCAGGCUUCCAUCCUUACCUGCCACCGGAGACCUACCUCACAUGCAGGUUCUUCUCUGCGAGGAAGCAUGGCCUGGUGGAUGCUGCGGUGCGGAGCAGCUCUACUGACAGAACCGCUGUGGUUGCGCUGCCAGGAGGGGUUGGGACGCUGGACGAGCUGUUUGAGAUCUUGGCGCUGAUUCAACUAGAGAGGAUCGGGUCAGCGCUCCCGGUCCCGGUCUUGCUUCUCAACUACGAUUCUUAUUACUCCAAGCUUUUGGAAUUUCUGAAUGACUGCCAGGAGUGGGGCACGGUUGCUCCGGGCGAAGUUGCAUCACUUUGGAAGGUUUGUGAUGGGAAUCAUGAAGCUUUGGAGUACCUGGCAGAGUUCUACGGUGUUCCCCAUAACGAGAGAGAAUAUUAAAUAACACCACAGUUGAAGAACCAAAGAGUUUCAUAUGCCACGAGCUGAGGACAAAAUAUUUGCAAGAGUUUUCUUGCUUCUUUUUACUCCUGUGCAGGAGGACAAAUAAUUGUUGAGCUGUUGAGUUUUCCAUGUGGAGAUGCUCUCAAGGCAUAUUAGCAACAGAAGCAACAUUUAGAACAGACAACAAUUUCCAGACCAGUCGCAUGUUGUACACUUUCUGUUGACUGAUUGACAGAGAUGAUGAAUGCAGACGAUUUACGUUUAAACCUUGCAUGCCAUUUUUUCUUUAGUUAAUGACAGUUAACUAAAUAGGAGCAUUAGUAUUUAGUAGAAGGAACUAUGCUAUGCAGAUUCUCUUCAGAUUUGGUCUGCUGCAGCUGGUUUUUCUCUGUAGAAGUUUGUUUUGUUGGUAUAAUUAUUGGGCUCAUGGAAGAUGAACGGGGUGAUUGUGAGUUGUGACUCAUCAUCGGCUCUAUAACGCCAUUCUUUGCUCCAAGGAUGAAGCAACAUGCGUUGUAAAAUUACUUCUUUCACCUGAAGUUUACCUUUCGGCCAUUCUGUUCAAGAUGUUUACUGGAAACAAACAUGGAAGAGUAACCGGACGGUAUACAUGCCUCCAGACUUUUGGCCUGUGACCUGGACAGCUGGUGAUGUUUCAACAGAGAUCUGGCACAACAACUCGAUAGCUGCAUACUGACUGCUGAGCUGUACAGAUUACAAGGAGUGCAGAAUAGACUUGUUUAUUGUACAACAAAGUAUAACAAGCUCGAACUGAAAGUUGGUUUUGUUGAAGGCCAGAGCAAUGUUGUCGUCGUUAUUCCAGAAGGCAGUGGUGAUAUUUAGCCUAGCAAGCCUACAUUUUUUGGGUUUUGCAAGUCAUUGCAGAAAAUUUCGGCUUCAAACAUGCAGCAGAAUACAUGGAAAUGUUCAAUGGGUAAUGGCAUAAAAUCUGCUCCUUGUGCUAGCUCUAAAGAAGAGCAGGAAACUAAAUUAAGAUCUGAUAGAGAGUAGAGACGCAGCAGCUUUCAAGCCCCCUAGUGAUCAGACACCAGCAACUUCUUAUGGACAAGAGUUCAAGAAUUGUCCUCUGCCGAAAGAUCUCUUCUGACGGAAGAGCAGUUAAAGUCAUAAUUUGUUCUAGUGUUAAAACUCAGUGAAUUGAGGCCACGAAGGCAAACAACAAUUUAUAGACCAAAUCCAUUGGUAAGACUGUAUUACGAAAGAUGAAA